GCUCUAUCGCAUUAUAGGCCUCCCCCCUUCAACCACCUAACCCUACUAUAAAUUUUAUAGGGUUUUAUCAUUCUUCACUCUCUGAUACAAAGCAGCAACAUACAGCAGCAGAUUAUUCUCACCGGAAGAAUGGAAUCUGUUACCAAACAUGCAAUUGUGAUUAAAAUCAUGGGUCGUACCGGAUCCAGGGGGCAGGUGACUCAGGUGAGAGUCAAGUUUCUUGAUGACCAGAACAGGUUUAUCAUGAGAAAUGUCAAGGGACCAGUCAGAGAGGGUGAUAUUCUCACACUGUUGGAGUCUGAGAGGGAAGCCAGGAGGUUGCGUUGAGCCCAUGAUUAUGCUUGCCAAAUCAAUAUUCCCUUGAAUACUAGAUAUUGGCUGGGAUUUUGUUCCCUAUUUAAUAGUCUUUGGUUUUGUUUGCUUAGACUCUUUUUAAGUAUGGACAUGUCGAUUUUGGUCAUUUUUGUGCACUUCAUGUUUCUGGAAUAGUUUUAAUAUAUUAUUAUUUUGCUACAUUUGUGUCAAUGGCAACAUGUAAUGCUUCUUAUUUCUUCUUGUGCGUGCGGGAUAGACGUUCAUCUAUCACGUUGAAUC